CCUGCAUGUUGUGCAUUUUCACAAACGGCUGAUCUGCAUCCAUUCAAAUGAACUCUGGAAUAGACUCUAAUAAAGGGAUGACGAAAGGAAAGACUAAGUGGAAGGCAUUUUUAGAGGUCGUAAGUACUCUGCAAUGGGUAUCAUCCUUUCUCUUCUUAGGAGUGGCCUGCACCCUCUUGAUGUUUUACCUCAUGUUCACCUCUCUGUGGCCGAUCCCCACGCUGUACUUCGUCUGGCUGGUGGUGGACUGGCACACCCCUGAGAGAGGGGGCAUGAAAACAACAUUUGUGAGGAACUGGAGGGUCUGGGAUCACCUCAGGGACUUUUUCCCAAUCAAAUUGGUGAAGACAGCCGAGCUGAGUCCAAACAAGAACUAUAUUCUUGGUAUUCACCCGCACGGCAUCAUGUGUGUCGGGGCGUUCACCUGCUUUAGCACCGAGAGCUGCGGCUUCAAGGAGCUGUUUCCUGGGCUGAUAUCCAACCUGGUGACGCUGGCCGGCGUUUUUAAGCUUCCACUCUUCAGGGAAUAUGCCAUGUCUACAGGUCUUCUUCCAGUCAGCAAGAAGAGCCUCACGCACCUCCUCACCAACAGAGGGAAGGGGAACGCAGUGGUGAUCGUGAUCGGAGGUGCUGCGGAGUCGCUGGCCUCGGCUCCUGGAGUCAACAUCUUGGUGAUGAGGCAGAGGAAGGGCUUCGUCAGGGUGGCCCUGGAGUUUGGGGCUGAUCUGGUGCCAGUUUACGCAUUUGGGGAAAACAAUCUCUUUAAGCAGGUGGUUCUCUCAGAAGGCAGCCUGGGGCGGAGGUUACAGGAACUGUUUAAAAAGAUCAUGGGUUUCGCCCCGUGUCUAUUCGUUGGAGAGUACAUUGGUAUCCUGCCCUACAGGAAUCCCAUCACUACUGUUGUGGGAAGUCCAAUCUCAGUGCCGAAGCACAUCAACGCCACCGAGGAGGAGGUGGACCACUUUCAUAAACUUUACAUGGAGGCCCUCUCCAAGUUAUUCCAUGAACACAAGGUCAGCUGUGGACUCUCUGAAAGUCACGAGCUCCGGAUCCUCUAGACCAGUGGUUCUCAACUGGUGGGUCGCGACCCCGUUUCGAGUGGGUCGCAGAUGUGUGAGUGAAGAAAAUAAAUAUAUAUUAUUAAUUUUUUCGGAAAAAAGUAAAACU